AAAACCAUUUACUUCCAAACUGGGCUGUGAGAUUUUUUUCACCUCGUGUAUGGGGAAGGAAAUGAACAUCACUGAGAAGUCUUGCAACAGGAAAAUAAUGUUAUUUGCUUCUCUCUAACUUUUCUACCUUUAUUUCUUUCUUUAGGUUUGCAACAAUGGUAAAGGAGGAUAUUGUAAAUGAUAAUGAAGAUUCUGAGCCAUCAGUACAUGAGAGAAAUGGCAUGAUUCCCAUGCAUGAGAAAAACGAGGAGGGACCAACAGUAGAUGCCAAAGGUACUGAUGGGAAUACACAAACAGAAGAAACUGCUCUCUUGAAUCAUUGUGCUCAGCAACCUCCGGAACCGACAGCAGGGUCUUCAAUACCUGCAAGAACAUGGAGGCAAAUAUUUACUUGUCCUCCUCAGGGUUUACUGGCCCGAACAGUGACAAAUGUUGCAAUCAUGGUCCUGGUUUGGGCUGUGGUUUGGUCCAUCACUGGGACUGAGUGUCUCCCAGGUGGAAACCUGUUUGGAAUUCUGUUUCUUUAUUUUUUUGCUGUCAUUGGAGGUAAAAUUUUUGGAUUCAUUAAAAUACGAACACUGCCCCCCCUCCCUGCUCUUCUGGGGAUGCUACUUGCUGGUUUCCUAAUCCGAAAUACCCCGUUCAUUAGUGACAUCGUCCAGAUAAACCUACGCUGGUCUGCAGCGCUGAGGAAUAUUGCUCUUUCAAUUAUCUUGACCCGAGCAGGACUCGGCCUGGAUCCAAAGGCUCUUAAGAAACUCAAAGCAGUCUGUUUACGGCUUUCUUUUGGACCAUGCAUCUCAGAAACAUGCACAGCUGCUGUUCUUGCCUACUUGUUAAUGCAUUUGCCAUGGCAAUGGGGAUUUAUAUUAGGUUUUGUUCUAGGUGCAGUCUCCCCUGCUGUGGUGGUUCCCUCAAUGCUGAUUUUACAAGCUGGCGGAUAUGGGGUGGAGAAAGGUGUCCCAACUUUGCUAAUGGCAGCUGGCAGCGUUGAUGACAUUCUGGCUAUUACAGGCUUCAACACUUGCCUUGGGAUGGCUUUCUCUUCCGGUUCUACUCUGUACAACGUGCUCCGUGGAGUGCUGGAGGUGGUUGUUGGCAUAGCAGCUGGGGGGAUUCUGGGAAUGUUUGUUCGAUAUUUCCCAAGCCACGAUCAGGCAUCUCUGGCAUGGAAGAGGUCAUAUUUUGUACUUGGGCUGUCCAUGUUCGCUGUUUUUGGUAGCAUCUACUUUGGCUUCCCUGGAUCAGGAGGGCUCUGCACAUUAGUCUUGGCUUUUGUUGCAGGUGUGGGAUGGUCUGAUGAAAAGAGGGAAGUAGAAAAAAUUGUCGCAGUUGCGUGGAAUAUCUUUCAGCCUUUUCUUUUUGGUUUAAUUGGAGCAGAAGUAUCUGUUACAUCUCUUAGGCCUGAAACUGUUGGGCUCUGUGUUGCUACAUUAAGCAUUGCUCUAGCUGUGCGAAUCAUAGCAACAUUCCUGAUGGUGUGUUUUGCUGGGUUUAAUUUCAAGGAAAAAGUGUUUGUCUCAUUGGCAUGGAUUCCCAAAGCCACUGUCCAGGCUGCAAUAGGUUCCCUUGCCCUGGAUACAGCGAGAAGUCAUCAGGAUGAGCAACUAGAAAAGUAUGGAAUGGAUGUACUGACAGUAGCUUUCUUGGCUAUCUUGAUCACCGCUCCAGUUGGAGCCCUGGUUAUUGGCUUGGCAGGGCCCAGACUUUUGCAGAAGGCUCAGACAAAUAGCAAGGAGGAUGAAGAAGGUGCUGAGGUUGGAGAAGAGGCAGAGGCCUGUGAACCUUCGUAAGACAGACAACUACAGGAAUAUGGUCCUUCAGCUCUUAGCUUCUGUUGAGUAAACACAGCAUGUCUGUAAUCUUUCUGGAGGAAACCAAAACAAGAAUCAGUUAUGUCCGCUAUUUUAAAAGCAGCCCUGGUGGAGUUUUAUAAAAUAUUUUUAUGUGUUGAUGGUGCCUUAAGAGAUGAAAUAGCUGAAUGUACAGUGAAUAGGCUGGCCAGGCAGUGAGUCACUGAGAGGUUAGCAGUCAACAGUUACUUGAAAUGUGUGGGUGUGAGGCCAGGGAGAGGGUCAGAAUUGUUCAGGCAUGGAAGCAGAGUCAUGAGGUGGAAUAUAAACAGCAGAAAAUGGAGGCUAAUGUGAAUAACUUCUUGAUGGUUGAAACUGGGCUGUGAGAUGACAAGUUCAACAGCUCAAAGAAUGCAGCUUCCGAAUUAGAGACAGCUGACACAUAGUGAAUGAGACCUGCCACGGGUUAGUGAUUCCCUCUCCUUCCUCAUUCGGGUUCCAAAACUUGCCUCUUCCUAUUGCUGUUCUUCCUCACAGCUCAUGCACUCCUUUGUGCCUUCAAGGGACUGUCAGCUUCGGUCGUAGCAAGAAACAGCAAGUGGUACUUAUGUGCUGAAAGACAGUUGGAUCCAUCAGGGACUGUGGUAAUACAGGUGUUGCUGGUGCUGGUAGAAAAAAGGACUGAGCUUGAAAACGGGAUGAGGGUUGUGGGGAGGCUAUGAGGAGUGGGAAAGGGUUGUAGGGGAUUGGGAUGGCUGCUUCUUCAUCUGUGUGCCUCAGCCUUCACACAACACGAUGUCAAUAGAGGGAAAGCCAGCUCUUCGGCCACUGAGAGCGGCUAUGUUCUGGUGCUGGCCACUGUAGGACAGAGGGGAGAGCUCCUCUCGGGUGGGGUUUGCUGACAGGGCGAGGCCAAGGUGCAAUGAGUUGUCCCUUUCUUCUUCGGCUCCUGUUGGGGAACUUGGCAAUAGCAGCAGACCUCUUCUCAAAUCAAGAUUCAUGGGUCAGCCAGGAUCUCCUUUGCUUUGUCCUAAGUUAAUACUCAUCUGGCUGAGAAAAUGCCAUGAUCAGGUCCUUCUCACAUCUGCAUUUGGGUAACUGCAGAAAAGAAAAUCAGGUAUUUGCUAACAAUAUAGCCAGUUAAUGCUCAUUUUUCCAAGAGGUGGCUGGCUGGAUUGACUGUGGAGAGUGGAGGAGGCCUCUCAGAUUUGCCAGGGCACUUUUUAUCUCCGAUUGAUGCAGAAAACUAAUAGACUUUAAAUGAACAGCCUUGAAAAUGCAGUGCUGAGAGGGAUGGUACAAAGCAAAAGGAGCCUCACCUACCUUCAGAAAGGCUGCUGUGUGAAGGCAGGUGUCACGAGGAAGUUCAGGACACAGCGCUAGCACCCUCAGCACAUACCUACGGGUCCUGUGGGUCUUUCCAGAAACACAGGUUGUGUGUGGCUGUGGAUCGUGGUAAUGACUGGCAAUGCUCGUGUUGAGUAUCUUGCCAAAACAUUUCACCAGGGGGAGCAAAAAGCUCAAAUGUGGUUUUCUUCAUUUUAUUUAAUAUAGAUGCCUCCUGCACAGUCAGUUGCAAUAUAGUUCACAUUUGAUUUUCCCAUUCCCAGAAGACUUUUCUUUCUCUUCUCCUUGACUGUCCUAAAGCCAGGAGUAAACCUCCUUGGUUGAUCAAAAUCCUGCUCUUGCCUUUAGCUUUAGUAUCAGUUAGGGCUUAGUAUUGACCUGUUACAGAUACCAGCAAAUCUGUCUUACUCUGCUACGUUUUGUACAAGUAACUAGCUCCGAGUAGGUCAUUCCCAGCUCCAUUCGGAUGGAUGGAGUCAGUACAGCAUCCCUCAGAAACUGGAAGUUUUAUUUUGUUAUUUUUUAGUAAGGAUGUUAGAUCAUGCCUAAAAUCAAGGUGGACAAUGUCUCCUUGCAGAUUUCUACACUACAGUUCACUGAACUCGUUUUACAGGAUAUGCUAUAGAAUGUAUUUGAUAUGUCUAGAUAUUUUUGGCAUUAGUAAGAAUUAAUCAAUUCUAUCUUAGCUUUUAUACUUUUGAUAUGCAACACAAAAAUGUACAAAAAUACCUUUAAUAGAAAACUAUCUGAAACUGUAUUAUUCACAGUGUCCACAUAUGCCUCUGUAUACAGAUUAAUUACGGCUCAGUAUGUGUGCCUUUGUAUAUGCCUUCCUCUCCAAGCCAAAAAGAAAGCUUCCUGAGAAAUAUUUGAGGUUCAUAGCCUGCAAUUCCAGCACAGUGAUAAAAAUACCAGGAAAUUCUUUGCUAAGUUUUCCCCUAACAGUUGUCAAGCACACUGAUAUUUUCCUUACUAUACACACUGCUGUUCUCUCCGCUUCCUUGGGGGAAUGUACAAUCUUUAGUUCAGUCCAUGUUUGCCCAUGACCGGAAAGGCAGAUGCUUUCAAACUGCGCACUGAUGAAUGGUUAGGGUGCUGUGCUUGAUGGUUACUGUGUCAGCCAUUGACUUCUGUGCCUGUUCUGCCUUCUUUGCAUGGCUAACGGAGGCACUCUGUUACUUAAAUAGGGGUAGUUUUAAUAGGAGCUUAUUGUGUUUGGAAAUUGUAAUGUCUGUUAACCUAAUGGGUAAGAUGAGGGAAUAUAGUGUUCAGUUCAUCAGUGACUGCCUAUAAAAUAAUUCUACUUGAGUAAAACUUACAGGAGUAGAAGCUUUAUAUAGUUCAUUUUUUUCAUAAAGUUUUAUAAAAAGUAGAAUCUUCCCGCGGGGAGGGAUCACUAUGCCAAAUUCAGAAACUGUUCAAUAACAGAAGUGUAAUGUGUAGGGAUUAUAGCCCUGUAAAUUCGAACCCAACCUUAAGUAUGCAAGCAAACCUCUGACAAACAGCCCUUGUUCAUGAUAGCCUCUAAUACUUGCUCACCAUCAUAACAGCAUCUCAUAAAUUGGAUUUAUUAUGUUCCCUUAACCUCAGUGCACUCUCAAUUUAUUCCUUAGAUCACUCCCACCGUUCUGAGUGCUUGAAUAGCUAGCUAUACCAAUGAAAAGCAUCAUCUUGUUCUCUAAUCUAAACAAAAUUGAAUCAAUUUUCCUUUCCUCGCCACCAUAUGCGGAUGUUUCUCACAAGACUCCUUUCUCCCAGCUUUUACUAAAUUUUCAAAAAGAAUCAGGUUGAAGCUAUUACCUAGACCUGCAGAUCUUAAAUGAAAAGCAUUAAUGCUUCAUAAUGCUCCUCUCCUUGCCUUCCAGAAAGGAACAAAACACUUGCGUCUUGUCAUGAAAAGAAAUGUUAUAUCGGGGCUAAGAACCUAUGAGACUGGGGUUUUUUUAAUAAGUAUUGUGACAAUUUCAGCUGAUUUCAAAUAGCAGUUAACUUUGAGAGAUACAAUUUCACUUUUUAUCAGUUUGUGUGGGUGAAGUAAUGACUUUUAAGACCACCUCCCUUUUAACAAAAUGUCGUUAAAUCGUUCAUGAAUAAUGCAUAAAUUCAAGCCAAUAAAAUCUUUAUGCCAUGCCAGUCUCUCUUAUUUGCAAGAAAUAAAAUUAGAGCACAAAGUGCAGUAAACGAUAACCAGAGGAGUCCCGCUGUCAUGCAGACAUAAUCACAGGCAUAACAUGGGAGAGUACUGAGCACAGUACCUGUGUGCAGUUCCAGAAGGCUCACAAGAACCUCUGCAGCAGAAGGAUCCGACGGCACAGCACGUUCCUGGCAGCAAGCAGCGGGCAGAGUGACAGCAGGCAGCAUAUGGGAAAAGACAGAAACUGGCCAUCUGGAAGCAGGGAGUCGUACAGGCCGGGGGAUGCAGUGAUAAUGUAAUUAUAAUCACUGUUUUCUCUCUCUUUUUCAGCCAAACUGAGUGUUUUAGGGAAUUUAGGCUGAAGUCUAAAAUUAACUGAAACACUCAUGGUGUAAUAUAGCCACAAAACAGUGAAUGAUACAGUUUUUGCAUUUUGCUUUUUAAAUAAACGGAGUGCAAGAGAUGAAAUUUUGUGCCAGCUGCACUUCAAUUGCAUUUACUUUGUCUAGUAGUUGCCACAAGACAGACACCUUUCUCUAAACGUAUUUGUUUUACAAGUGUAUUUGUAGUCUAUUAUAACUAUUGUUCAAAUUCAUAAUCAAAAGAAAGGUAAACGUUUCUGUUCUUGUAGAGUGAAAAGGCAUGUCAUGACAUGCCAAGUUCAGCUUCCCCUGAUUUUGCAUCAAGGCUGUGACGACCUGGUCCACUGCCUCAGUCCUGGUCUUUAUUAGCAUUAGGGGCAAAUUUAUCCCUUUGUGUGGAGCUUCCAAAUUAGGUUAGAAAAGUCAUCCAGUGGCAAGACAUGACCAAGCACAUCCUAGCAGGUAAUUGGUUCAACGCUCACAAUUGCUGGUGAGAUACAGCACUCUGCAGACACUUCAGUUCUUAGCUAUUGUGCUGGUUUUGGCUGGGGUAGAGUUAAUUUUCUUCAUAGUAGCUCGUAUGGGGC